AUGAUUUUAGAAGCGUGGAACAGUAUGCAGUCUAACAUCACGGAAGCUAUACCAAGUUUGACUCCUACCACUGCUGCCUCUUUUCUCAUCUUUAUAUUUCUGCUUGUUGUGCUAUGGAGUCAAGAAGAAACCUUGACAAUACCAGGUAAAUAAAUGAAUAAAUGGAAGGACAAUUUUUUUUUACUAUUUAAUGAUCAGCAUUCAACCACGUAAGACAAGCUAUACAUUUUUCGAAAAUAGAUAAAAACCCUAAAUAUCAGGUGCAAAUUUGUAUAUUUAUUCAUAUUUAGUGGGCCUUACAUGCUUAGCUUUGAAUUGCAUGAAAGUAGUUCACAUGGGAUACCUACAAAUUAACACUCAUGUUAUAUUUUCCUGAAUGUUUAAUAUACUUUCCAAGACUCCUCUCUAAUGGAUGGUCUACUUUGGACUUCAGCUAUGUGUAUAAGCCCAGAAGUCUCCAAAUAUGUUAAAAUAUACAGAAUAGGGGGCUUAGUAUAUUACAGACUAAAUAUUUAUUUAUUUUUGUACCUUUGACACUUUUGCACCUUUUGCGAUUUUUGCACUUGUGAUAGGUAUUUUAUAUAGUUUUGACAGCAUGUGACUGUGCAUUGACUUGGAUGUUUGUUUUGUAAUGAUAUUGCCCCUACUUGCAUAUUGUAUUUUCAAUGUUUGUAAUAUUUCAGUGUAUAUACUAGCCAAGCUCAUUAGUGCAAAUUUAUUUCAAAGAAAAGCUUUUCAAAAAAGUUGUUAACCUAUAAUCUAGUCAUAUCACAUUUUAUUAGAUUUCUGGAAAUCUAAGUGUUUAAUGACCUUCUAAACAUUAUGCUAGUUUGUUUUUUUUCUAAUGUAGGCCUUGAUUUAAUAUUGUUGGAUAAACUCUCCACAUGAUUUAAUAUUUUUGGAUACACUUUAAAAAAAAAUAUGUCAAAAUAUUAAUAUAUCAAAAAUAUUUCAUAUAAAAAAUAUGAUAUCAAUAUGUAAAAAAAUACAAAAUUAAAAUAUUUUUCAUAAUAUUAAAUUAUUUUAAAAGUUUAUCCAAAAAUAUGAACUCAGUUUGAAAGCUUAUCUAACUAUAUUAAAUUGAGGCCUUAGUGUCACAUUACAUUAUUAGUCUUAUUAAGUCAUUUUCUAUUUGAGUGUUAGUACCCCUUUGCUGGCUUGGAAACACUUCCGUGAAUCUAGAAUAUGUAGUAUCUGGAAUGUGGUAAGAUUUUAUGAAACUAAUAAGCCACUUCAAUAGUCGGUAUUACUUAAGAAAAAAUCACAAAACAGGUGCUGCAAACAGAAUUGUUUUGAAAAUUGAAUUUUUUUGGGAAAAAUAUAAAAUUUUACAUAUUCUAAAAUCCUUUAGAGAUAAUUUCAUGUGUAGUCUAGUAUCUAUUAUAUGCUUAUUAUCUUUACAUUUCUGAUAUAUAAAGUGUUUUACUAAGGAUUGUACAUGUGAGUCACCUUACAUUUUAAUUAAAAAAAAUGCACAUUCCAUUUAGAGCUUGGCUUGCUUUACCUUAAUGAUUGGGCUUAUUCUGUUUCUCCAAAAAGUAAUGAUAUUCUUCUGUUCAGGUUAACUAACUCACCACUUGGAAACUUUACUGUUAUAACAACUUAACCAGUAGUAAUGUUUUUUUCUUUUCUGAUCUCUAUGGAUGAUUAUGCAAAAAAAUCCCCUCCAAUUGGUUUUCAUGCUCUCAUGUACAUAUAGUGAUUUUAUACAAAAUAAUAAUUUUUUAUCAGAUUUGUUAACACAAAUAAAAAAGUAUUUACUGGGUGCAUAUAAUUAAAAUUACCAAACCUCGCCCCCAAAUAUAGUCAAUGUACAGCUGAAGGAACACACACUAUGCUGUGCUUUAAAUGCAUAACAUCAAUGUAAUCUGUGGGGAUAUGUACAGAAAAGAAGCUAUUUAAACUAUUUAAUGAUUGUUAAAGCAAAGUAGGUAUAACACUACUAAAAUUGUACUACUAAAAUAAAACCUAUACUUAAGUCAUCAUAGGGCACCUGUGCAUUAUUCCCCAAAAUGUCUCUAGUCCCCUGUCAACCUUUGGCCUAGGUUGCAAUGUUCGGCAUUCCCGAUUUUGUUGACUACAUCUCCCAAAUUGCUCAUAUAGCCAUACAGCUGGAAGAGCUUCAGGUGAGACACAGUCCACAACAUGUAAAGCGGCGAAGGUUACCUACCCCUUGCCUAGAUUACUGAUGCCUAAACUUGGAACCCCAGAUGUUACCAUUAUCCCUUGAAAUAGAAAGCAGGGGGACAUUGGAGAAUCUUGUCCAUGUCCUAUUUUCUACCUUCAGUUAAUGCCUGCUGGUUUGCUAUCACCUGAAACGGAAGCCUCCAACAAAUCUUAUGUGUGAUUGCAUUUUUUGUUGAUUUUGCAAGGGCAAUAUAUAGAUUAAAUCUACAUCUAGCGAACUAGUAAACGAUUUAUUUGUUACUUUUGCACCCAGGGUCACUUUAACUUGAAUAAUUACUCUCUAUUUAUUACAUCUGCAAGCUCACUAGCCCGAUACAUUGCAAUUUCCCCCAAAGCAAACAUUAACUGUAAAACAAAACAAGGAAACAUAAAACAUAGUUGCUACUGUUACAUAAAUGUAAAUAAUGUGUUUAGCUAUAUGAGAAGGUUGAGAAAAGCAUUGCAUUGCGGGUAGCUAACCUUUACCCCAGUAACAGUGUAGACAAUACUGUAUGUAAAUACUUUGUAUGGCUGCAGUGUUGCCCAAUGUCUUGGGACAGUGUAAUAGGCAAUGCUGAAUUGCCGCUAAACACUGAUUCAUUUUGUAUUUUCAGGUCCGUCCUAUUGCAUGGGGCUUGGUCCAGUUAUUUCCUACUGUCGGUUUCUCUGGACAGGAAUAGGCAAAGCAACAAAUUACUAUAAUAGCAUGUAUGGCGAGUUUGUAAGAGUCUGGAUUAACGGAGAAGAAACACUGAUCAUCAGCAAGUGAGUGUAUAUCCAUUGCAAUAUCACACACUCUAUGAAAUCAAGUGCAAAUAAAUAUAUGUGUUGGUUUAACAGUAUCUCACAGUACAAUUAGUCAUUCAGAUUUCAAGUUUACAAUCAUCAUAGUUUUAUAUUGGUAUACUUACAAGUUCGGAAAAAAAGACUCUAGUCCAUCAUUUUAACUUUCCACACAUCUGUUUCCACUGUUGGUCCAAAAAAAAGAUGAAAAAACCUGAUUUCCAAUUCGGCAUCAAAAAGUGAAAUAAAUUUCUUUUUGACUCAAAAUUUCAAUCAGAUUUCUUCUUGUUUUAACAAGCUGUCAAUGUCCAAUAUAUUAUCUAUUAUGGUGUAAUGUUGUACAAAGACGCAAUUAUUGUUAUAUAACAGUUUUAAAUGUAUUUAGUGUAAAUCAGUGAUGGCAAAUUUGCAUUACAAAGUAGAGAAAAACUACCACAACAUAAGUACAUAGUCUUGAAUUAGAGGGGCAAAGUUUAAAAAAAACUAUCAGGAAAUAUUACUUUACUGAGAGGGUAGUGGAUGCAUGGAAAAGCCAUCCAGCUGAAGUGGUAGAGGUUAACACAGUGAGGGAGUUUAAGCAUGCGUGGGUUAGGCAUAAGGCUAUCCUAACUAUAAGAAAAGGCUAGGGACUAAUGAAAGUAUUUAGAAAAUUGGGCAGACUAGAUGGGCCAAAUGGUUCUUAUCGGCUGUAACAUUAUAUGUUCCUAUGUACCAUAUAUACUCGAGUAUAAGCCGAGUUUUUCGGCACAUUUUUUGUGCUGAAAAAGCCCUCCUCGGCUUAUACUCGAGUCACUGUAUGUAUUAUGGCAACUUACAUUGCCAUAAUACAGACCAGGACCCGCCGGGCUCAUCCUGUUGGGAGCCGGAGCAAGCUGUUACUUACCUUUGUAGCAACUCCAGUCAGCUCCCCCAUUCAGCUCACAGUGUAAGUCUCGCGAGACCCGCGGCCAUCAGAGCGUUGCCAUGGGCACGCAGACCGCGACACUUACACUGUGAGCUGACCUGAGCUCCAGAAAAAAGGUAAGUAACAGCUUGCUCCUGGCCCCCCCCUGCACAGCCCAUGCCACUGGACCACCAAGGAAUGAGAUAGCCCCCCUCCCUGUCCAGGUAACAAGCAACAUAAAAAUAAUAAAAUAAUAUUAAAUAAUAAAAUAUUAAAAUAAUACUAAAAAAUAUAUAUUAAAAUAAUAAAAAUGCCCUCCCUCCACCCAGUUUACACACACACUACACUACACAAACACACACUCUGCAUUAUAUACACACACACACUCUGCAUUAUAUACACACAAAGUGUGUGUUUGUGUGUGUGUGUGUGUGUAUAUAUAAUGCAAAGUGUGUGUUUGUAUGAGUGUGUUUGCAUAUAAUGCACACACUCUGCAGUAUAUGCACACACUGCAUUAUAUACACACACACGCUGCAUUAUAUACACACACACUCUGCAUUAUAUACACACACACACGUUGCAUUAUAUACACACACACACUUUGCAUUAUAUACACACACACACACACACGCUGCAUUAUAUACACAAACACACUUUGCAUUAUAUAAACACACACACACACGCUGCAUGAUAUACACACACUGCAUUCAUUAUAUACACACUGCAUUCAUACAAACACACGCUGCAUUAUAUACACACACACACACGCUGCAUUAUAUACACACACACACACACACACGCUGCAUUAUAUACACACACACACUUUGCAUUAUAUACACACACACACACGCUGCAUUAUAUACACACACACUUUGCAUUAUAUAAACACACACACACGCUGCAUGAUAUACACACACUGCAUUCAUUAUAUACACACUGCAUUCAUACAAACACACACUGCAUUCACACAAACACACACAUUUUGAAUUCAUUAUAUUCACACACACUACACACAAACACACACACACUCUGCAUUCAUUAUAUACACACACUACAUAAACAUACACACACUGUAAAUAAAUAUUCGAUUAAUGUAAUUUUAUUGGGAUCUAAUUUUAUUUAGAAAUUUACCAGUAGCUGCUGCAUUUCCCACCCUAGGCUUAUACUCGAGUCAAUAAGUUUUCCCAUUUUUUUGUGCUAAAAUUAGGGGCCUCGGUUUAUAUUCGGGUCGAUUUAUACUUGAGUAUAUAUGAUAACUACAAUUCCCAUGAUACACAGCUAACGUAAAACCCUGGCAGAGAUUUAGGGAAAAUGCUGAGCAGUGACCGGAGAACAGAUGAUGUCAUAUAUAUUAAUGCAUUAUAUCAUUCAUGCCAUUAUUUUAUUAACAUUGAUUUCUCUGGAAUAUUCCAGUAUUUGUUCAUGAUUUGAUUACAUUUUGCAUUCAUAUUUUUUAUAACCCUAUCUCUUUCUCCUGAAGGAUGUAUAUCUCUUUAAUAAUCAACUUUCAUCCAUGACAUAAUUAACAUUAUACUUAUCGCCUUUCACAAUAUUAUGAUAAGCACUGGCCUUGCUUCUCACAUUUGGUAUUAGUCAGGGCCAUAGCUGUCAUAUUUGCAAACAUAUGCUUUUGUUUCUAGUGGAAUAUGUUAUCCUUUCCUCGUUUUGAAAAGGAAGUUGUCAAAUUGCAUUGUAUAGGGAUAACACGAGAAUGUUUGUGGAGCUAUAAAAAUAUAAGUGAAGCAAUGGGAGUAUGUAAAAAUUGGACAAAUGGAUAAAAUGUAUAUGAACUCUGCAAUUUUCAAAGUGUUGGCAAGAUUUUUAGGUAUGUAGAGAAAGACUGUUUUUAUUAUUUUAUUUUUAAAUUUAGACUUUUUUUUUUAUAAUAGACCUUACAUUGCACGUAACGUAUAACCAAGUAAGAUAUUCACAUUGUAAUUUCAACAUUUUAUUCCUUUUAAGUUAAUCUCAUUAUUCCAUUCCACAACUGUACUUCGGUAAAGAUGCAAAGAUAUAUGAUACCAAGUCGUUCUUGAAGGAAUAAUGAAGAGUAUAUUUAUUAAAGAGUAGAUAUAAUGAUGUUAAAACCACAUUUAUGAAAUAAAAAUAUAAAUCAUAAUAUUAGUUAUGGGUAAAGUGAAAACAUACUUGUCCAUGCUGUAAAAUGGUUGAACAUAGCAUAUGAGUGACUGCUGCCUUCGGGGCUUGGGUAAACAAGAAUGAGAGCUUAUGAUGACUCUGCGACAUUAGCUUUCAAGAUAAAUGAAAAUUGGGUAGAUUUAUGCAGCAGGUUAUGGUAAGGCUCCUACAAUUCAAAGUAAAGAAUGAUUGCUAGGUGUAUUAACAACGUAAAUUUGUAAACAUUAGAAGAGGAAAUAGAUGGGCUUAGUGAAGAUAGAUGGGAGAUAAGGCUGGGGAGAGAAGUGAAAUGUUUAGUAGGCAGAUUAAUAGUACAGUAUUAUGGCAUUCUCUUUCUGUGGAGAUACUGACUAAAUGUUGAUUCAUGGUAUUCCUCAGAACCACUGAGUUAGCCCAUCCUUGCAGAGUUGUAUUUGUGAGCAGUGUUUGUGUUUGAAUGUAAGUAUGUUUUGUGUGUUUUAAUGUAGGCAUAUAUUUGUGUGUUGUGUCGGCAUUUGAAUGCAAUUGUAUGUGUGUAUGUUUUGUUGCUAUUCGAAAGCAGUGGUGGUGUAUGUGUGUUUAUUGUUUGUAUUUGAAUUUGUUUGUACGUAGAGUUGGCAUUUGAUUGCUAGGAUGUAUGCACAUGGUCCGAGGGCCUGGCCGGGAGGGGGGCCCGCCAUCAGGGGGCCCGGCGGCAGGGCCAGAUUCGCCCAAUGGUCUAAGCAAGUAGGUGCCACCGGGUGGGCACACUCUGAGGGGGCCGGCCGCCUUCCACGCUGGAGCCGCCGGGCUGGGUGGCAGCCUCGCCGGUCCGGCGGCACUCCUGUUCUGUCACUAAUGCUGAAGACGGAAGGAGGAAGGAGCAUGUCUCUCUCUCAUGCUCCUUUGCGGUUCCCACAAUUCCCAGCACAGGAUGUGGGAACCGCAAAGAGCAUGAGAGAGAGACAUGCUCCUCCCUCCUUCCGUCCUCAGCGUUAGUGACAGGACAGGAGUGCCGCCGGACCUGCGAGGCUGCCACCUGGCCCGGGGGCUCCAGUGUGGAACGCGGCCGGCCCCCUCUGACUUCUGUCGGUAAAUGGGAGGGGGGAAAAUAAAACAGAGAGGGGGAAGAGGGAAGAAAGAAACAGUGGGAGAAUAGAGAGACACGGGGGGGAGGGAGAAAGAAACAGAGGGGGAAGAAUGAGACACAGGGGGAAUAGAGAGAUGGGGAGGGGGAGACAGAGACAGAGAGGGAAGAAUGAGACACAGGGGAGAAAGAGGGGGAAUAGAGAGAUGGGGAGGGGGAGAAAGAGACAGAGAGGGAAGAAUGAGACACAGGGGGAGAAAGAGGGGGAAUAGAGAGUUGGGGGAGAAAGAGAGGGAAGAAUGAGACACAGGGGGAGAAAGAGAUGGGGAGGGGGGAGAAAGAGACAGAGAGGAAGAGAGAUGUGGGGGAGAGAGAGACACAGGGAAAGGGGGGAGAAAGAAGCAGUGGAAGAGAGAGACACAGGGAGAAAGGAGAGAGACACACAAGGGGAGGGGGAGAAAGAGGCAGAGGGGUAAGAGAGACUGGGAAGGAGAGGGGAGACAUGGACACAGGAGCAGUGAGGAGGAUAAAAGAAACAUACAGAGGGACUGGGGGGAGACAAAAAGGCACACAGAAGGGCUGUAUAUAUCAUUGGUGGAUCCAGGGGGGCAACGGGGCAAUUGCCCCCCCUCCCUUGUCCGCAGGCACUGUGCGGGCAGCAGGCAGGGGAGGGAGGAAGAGAGGACCCGGGAGCGACCACAGAGCAUUGCCGCGGUUACCAUGGCAACAUUACGGCUCUUGCGAGAGUCAACUCUAGCCCCAUAAACACACUUCCCCCACACACACACCAUACACAUCACACACUGCCCCCACACACACACCAUACACAUUCACACACUGCCCCCAUACACACACACUGCCCCCACACACACCAUACACAUUUACACACAUUGCCUCACACACACACAUACACUGCCCACCCAUAUACACACAGACCCCCAUACACAGCCCCCCAUACUAACAUUGCCACACACAUACACAGCCCCCUCAUACACACAUUGCCCCACACACCCUACACAUUCACACACUACACCCCCUCACACACACUGAACCUUUCACACACACUGCACCACUGCUCCUAUACCCUGCUACAGCCCCAUAUCCCAGCAGACCCCAAGUAAGUUGUCAAACUGUUCUUAAACGGUUUGACUACUCACUCUGGGAGGGGGGCCUCUCCCUCCUGGCACCAUAACCACUACACAGAGCAGUAGUGGUUACAGUGCAUGGAUUAUUUCUUUAAAUAAUCUACAAGUGCCCCAGUAGCCAGCAAGCCAGCCAGCCAGCCAGCCAACAAGCCGGCCAGCCAGCCAACCCAUAGGCCAGCCAGCCAGCCAGCCCACAGGCCGGCCAGCCAGCCAGCCAACCCACAGGCCGGCCAGCCAGCCAGCCUACAGGCUGGCCAGUAGCCAGCCAGCCCACAGGCCAGUAACCAACCCACAGGCCUACAGCAAGCCACAAGCUUACAGCCAGCAAGCCCACAGCCUGCCAGCCACAGCCAGCAAGCCCACAGCCUUCCAGCAGGCCCACAGACUGCCAGCCAGCAACAGUAAUUAAGGUAAGAGGAGCCAACUUGGCCUAGGUAUCAGCGAGCUAUGAUGUGUUGCUAUAUUGUGAAUAGGAACCAGAGUGUAGUCUCUAAGAGGCCUGGAGGAGAUUCUUUCUAACACACUCUCUAAAGGAUACUGAGAUAGCCUCUGCUAGAAUGAACCCCCCCUCCAUGGUCCAUUAGCCCUCAAUUGUAGUCUCGACUGGGGCAUGGAGGCGACUGUUUCUAACAGAGGCUCUCUAAUGGACGCUGAGAUGGCCUCUUCUAGAAAGACCCCCUUCCAAGCCUAUUAGUUCUAUAGUAGUCUCUAAUGCGGCCUGGAGGAGAUUCUUUCUAACACAUUCUCUAAAGGACACUGAGAUAGCCUCUGCUAGAAAGACCCCCCCGCUCCAUGGCCCAUUAGCCCUCAAUUGUAGUCUCUACUGGGGCCUGGCGGCGACUGUUUCCAGAAGAGGCUAUCUAAUGGACGCUGAGUUGGCCUCUGUUAGAAAGACCCCCUUCCAAGCCUAUUAAACUCCAUUGUAGUCUCUAAUGGGGCCUGGAGGGGAUUCUUUCUAAUACACUCUCUAAAGGACACUGAGAUAUCCUCUGCUAGAAAGAUUCCCCUCCAUGGCCCAUUAGCCCUCAAUUGUAGUCUCUACUGGGGCCUCGAAGGGAUUAUUGCACUUUUGUUCCUUGUGUCUAAAGAUUGUGUAGGGUGUGGCUGGAGGCGGUACAUGGAGGCGGGACAAGGGUGGCGCUUGCUGCGGAGUAUGGGUGGGGCCUGUAAGGGGGCCCUUGAUUUAUUUUGCCAUGGGGCCCUGAGGGUUCUCAGUCCGCCCCUGCACAGAUGCCCACAUGUACACACACACUGACACACACAUACACACAGAUAACACAUAUAGACACACAAAUAACACAUAACCACAUGUGUAUGGGCCACCCAAUGAGCUUGUGGGCCUUGUUGCAGCUACACCGGUGGUAGUUCCAUCACUGAGGUUUAUGUUUAAUUUUGUUUAAUUUUUUUUCAUUGCACACUGGUUACAGUAUUUGAGAACAGUUUGGCAACUUACCUGGGCUGACCUCCUCUUCAGAUGGAAAUUCCUGCAGUACAGGGUCAGGUCAUGGGCUGAAAGUUCAGCUAAGCACUCUCAUAUAUUGAUCUAAGUCCUAUAUUGCCCAGCAUAGUCCAGUGUCUUGCAGAAAGUUGUCAAACUGUUUUGAAACAGUUUGUUUAAUUAUCAUGGGAGGGCACUCCUGGCACCUUAAGCACCACUACAUGCAGUGGUUAUGGUGCUUUAAGUGUUCCUUUAAAGGGACACCAUAGGAACCCAGUCGACUUCAGUUAAUUGAAGUAGUCUGGGUGCAGUGUCCCUAUUGCACUUAGUGCUGCUAUGUAAAACUGCAAUGUUUACAUUACAGCACUAAGUCUGCCUCAAGUGGUUGUCUACUAGACAGACACUGGAGGUGCCUCCUGAAUCCUAAAACACUUUUGGUCCAGUAACUGUCACUGGAGGACAUCCAGUGUCAGAUAUUUCCCCAUAGGAAAGCAUUGAUUCAAUAGCGCCCUCUCGUCGAGGGAUGUCAGAGGAGGCGGAGCCACGACCUAGUGCCAAGGGACAUUGGCGCUAGGAUACUGUGGCAAGGGAUGGGGAGAGGGGAGGUAGAGGGAGCUAUAGUGCCAGUAAUACAGCUUUGUAUUACUGGCACUAUAGUAUCCAUUUAAAAUUAGUUUACAAACUCUAAUAGUUUGUUCAUUUUUCUCAGCAAUAUAGAAUCAGCACUUCCAAUUUUCACACAAAAAAAAAAAUGUUUAACUUCAACUAAAUGAGAAUAGUAAUCCAAUGUGAGUGUCAUUGUUACAUAACAGCAAAAAAUCGAUGCAUUACCUUUAAAGUAUUGAGCUACCAAUAAUUCUUCCACUGACUAUUCAUUUGACUUUGCUCCCCCGAGGCUUUGAUCUCGGUUAAGAGAAAGCCUUAUUGAUUAGUGGCCAACUAAUACUGCAACAGACAGGUCUAGCCAUAAACACCAGCUGUGUUAAAGUCAAGGUCAAGCGAAGAAACAAAGAAUAAUUACAAACUUGUAGUAGACUAAAGGACAUGGAUGGAUAGAUGGAUGGAUGGACGGAUGUGUGGUUGGUUGGAAGAACGGACAUACAGGCGGACAAAUAGAUUACAAUUACGUACAGACACAGCAAAGAAUUUUAAUCUUAUUUAUCUUCAGAAUAUUAACUUUUUAUGUUUCAAGUACCAACAGAAUGCAAUGAACAGUAAGAAUAAAGCAAAAAAUACAGAGGGAUCAACCUACUAAACAGUGUUGGAAAAAACAUCUCAUAUUCAGGGGGUGUCUCAGAUAACCAGAACUAAUUAAAAAAUGUUACAAAAUUUCAAAGAAAUUGCAAAAAAAAUUGGUUAGUCUAUUAAUACGGUGAAAGAAAGGAGAGUUAGGAUGGAGCUGUCUGAAUACGCAAGCAGAUACAUGUUUAUCUCAUCAACACAUGAAAAACAAAGUCAAACUGGAUUAAGUUUUCCCAGGGAAAGGGUGUGCAGAGACAAGGUACAGUAGCUCAGGAUAUUUUGGAGUACUCCUACUGAUAGUUGAGGAGAUCCGGGAUGGUGUGAGUUUUUUCACUUUACUAAUUGUUCAAUCUUUUUAAAGGGUCAUGCCACGUACAACCUAUUUUUCUCAAAGAGUAUACAAUUUUACCUAUACACUAUGCUUUCACAAUUGCUAGCAAAUAUAUGGAUUGGGUAUGAAAAAAAAGAAAUAUUUAAAUAAAAAUCUCUCUCCCACCUGUCAAUCAAUUCAUCAGCAUUCACUCCAUACAGAAUUGAUUGACAAUGAGUGACACCUCCCCCAUGCGUUCUUUCUGCUCUCCAAAUAUAGCAAACUCAGCAUAUGCACUAUGGUUGCUAUGCUAGCUCGUUACGCUCUUAGCGCUGGCUAGAUAGUAUAGGAAUGGAGUUCCAUUGAAAUGCUGUCAUCCUGGCAAUAAAGCCGGUGUGACGCAUUACUUAACAGAUUUUCCCUGGUUUUGGUGCUGAACAAAUGGCUGCAAAUUGGAGGUAGAAUUGACAAAAAAGCAUAGCCAUGCAAAAACACUUGCCUCACAUUGAAUAAAGCCAUAUAUGCUCCAUACACUGUAAGAUGGUUUUUUUUAGCACAGCCUGUUACUGCUGUCCAACUCUUUUACUACUAAGGGUUAAUAAAUGGGGGGAAAUAACCCUCUCUGUCUCAUUAGAGAUUUUUUUUUUUACCUUUUAGCUGAAAGUAGCAAGGUGAAUUGUUAGUGUAGGACUCACAUAAGAAGAGGUUUGUCUUGAUGUGGCAGGUUAGCUUCAACUUGGCCACUAGAGUGAUACUAAAAAACCCUUAAGGACCAAACUUCUGGAAUAAAAGGGAAUCAUGACAUGUCACACAUGUCAUGUGUCCUUAAGGGGUUAAAUAUGCACAUGGAUUAGGGAUAGUGUGCAAAUAACUUUAUUCUUUAAUUUUUAUUGUACGUAUUGGGGUUGAUGUGUACUAUGGUCAUUACUAGUGUGAGUUUGAGCGCAGUACAAAUGUUGUAUGUUUGCAUCUACCUGUAUUUUUCUAUAAAUACCAUGUUGAUUUAUAUUUUGAUAUUUUUUAAAAAUAACAAAAGUACUAACAACAUAUACUAAGCAAAUUUAGAAAACCAAAAAUACAAGCAAACAUCAUCCUUUCAGCACCAAAUUGUGUAUUCCUUUUAAAAACACCUGCUGUAACUUGUAAUAGUAUAAAUGUUCAGUAUUUAGAGCUUGGGGGAGAACAGUGCGGCUUUUUAAAAAAAAAAAAAUGUAUGAGUUAGGGACAUGGUUUGGUUUGUAAAUACCAAUAAUACAAUUCAUCAUAUAUAACACAGGUAAUGAUAUUAACACAUAUUAAGUGAUUGGUUAAUAGCGUAUGAUCAUAAUAGACUAGAACAAUUGACUAUUAUUGUACGUGUAAACAAAAUCUAUUAUUGUUUACAUUUGUAAAUAUAAUGGCAAUCUUAAUUGAACAUACAUGGCAUCUUGACUCAUAGACAAACUUGUAGCACUGUUUUUACACUUUAAUAAUGGUAUACAUAUAAAAAAAUAUAUAUAUAAUACUAGCCAAAGAUUAUUAUUUUCUGAAAUGAAUAAUACUAAUUGUAUAAAUGUAAACAAAAAAAAAUCAACCAUUUUCAUGAAAAAUCUGUAAUGUUACAGCUCCCUCUAUAGGUCAAUAAUAUAGAAACAUAGAAACAUAGAAUGUGACGGCAGAUAAGAACCAUUCGGCCCAUCUAGUCUGCCCAAUUUUCUAAAAACUUUCAUUAGUCCCUAGCCUUAUCUUGUAGUUAGGAUAGCCUUAUGCCUAUCCCAUGCAUGCUUAAACUCCUUUACUGUGUUAACCUCUACCACUUCAGCUGGAAGGCUAUUCCAUGCAUCCACUACCCUCUCAGUAAAGUAAUACUUCCUGAUAUUAUUUUUAAACCUUUGUCCCUCUAAUUUAAGACUAUGUCCUCUUGUUGUGGUAGUUUUUCUUCUUUUAAAUAUAGUCUCCUCCUUUACUGUGUUGAUUCCCUUUAUAUAUUUAAAUGUUUCUAUCAUAUCCCCCCUGUCUCGUCUUUCCUCCAAGCUAUACAUGUUAAGAUCCUUUAACCUUUCCUGGUAAGUUUUAUCCCGCAAUAUAUUAUCUCAAAUUAUCUUUAAUAAUAUAAUAUCUCAAAGCAUUUAUGUCUUCACCAUCUGCUGAUUGAUCACCCUUUAGUGAUAUGGAUACAUUGACUAUAUGUUUAGGGUGACUUUACAUCUUUGGGAACAGUUGGAUUUAUUGACCUGUGUGGAUAUUUUUUUUAAUAAUGUUUAUGUUUCAUAGAGUUUCUUAAGUUAACCACUUGACAUCAUUAAAGAGACACUAUAGUCAUCCAGACUACUUCAUCUCAAUGAGAAACUGCAAUAUUUACAGUGCAGGGUUAACACAUCAUUUAGUGGCUGUGAUACUGUCAUCCACUAGAGGCGAUUAUGUGGCACAGGCCGUGUAGAACUCGAUCACAUGACGUGAAAGCGACAUAUGAAAGCAUUGAUUUAAUGCUUUCCUAUGGGAAAAUUUAAUUGCUGUUACGGCACACACCACACAUGAGGAUUAGGCCCCCAAUGCUCCUCUAUGAGGAGUACAGGAUUGGACCCUGUCUCCUCCGUGAUUGCAUCUCCAGGCGAGAGGUUAGCAGCGCCAAGGGAGCCUCGGCUCUGGGUUUUAACCCCUUCAGUGCCAAAUGGGGGAGGACCAGAUACUACUAGCGACAGGGAAACUGCAACAGAUUUGUAUUCCUAACACCUAUAGUGUUCCUUUAAUAAUGUUACUGGGAAUCCGUUAAAGUGGCACAAAUCCUUUUUUUUAACCCUCCUCUCAACUUCACUACAUCUAAUUGACCCCCUAGUCACCCCCAAAUGCCCCUAAACCCCCAAUAUUAGCUAUUUUUUUUAUCUUUAUUUUCUUCCCCGACCUAGGUCCAGGGCACCGCCAUCUUUGUGUGGGGAGAUGAAGUCACUGUUAAACACUUGGGCAUUCAAACAGGAAUUUCAUCUAUUCAUUCAUUUGUCAGAAAGACGAAUAAAUGAAUAGAAAUUUCAAAUGAAUGAAUGAAGACCUCUUUGUUAGUUCGGUUUAUUACAAGGAGGGAGCUACCGGCGCGUAGCUCCCUCCUUGUAAUAUGUAAAAGUAGAAGUGGCAGGGAGCAGUGCUCCCUGCCACUUCCUAAGCCCCCCAUGUCCUCCCUCAUUCUAUGGGAGUCAAUAUGACUCUCAUAAUAGCAUAAGGGAGAUUAAAAUCUCCUGAAUGCCCCUACUCGCUAUGCUGCGAGAAAGGGCAUGUCUACUAAACAGUGAGCAGCCUCUGGCUGCUCACUGUCGUAAAAAAAAAAAAAGCCUCCCCCUUCUAAAAUAUUGCCCCAUGAUGGGGCAUGUAUUAACUAGCAACAGUGAGCAGCCACAACCAAACAAAAGUCCUGAAUUUCGUCCUAACACAAAUGGACGAACUGCUCUAAUUCUGUUAGGGCGAAAUUCUGUCGUUUUGACAGCGUUCGGGAAUACGGAAAGGAGGCAUCGCGAGGACAUGGAGGUAAGUUAAGAAUUGUAGGAGAAUUUCUCUAAACACAGGAAAUGGAGCACAUUUUGCUCCUCCGCUGGUCAUAGAUGGUCAGGUGUAGGAAACCUCCAUAAGACAAAGUAGUCUCAACUUUGUCUUGUGUUUUAAAGAAAACUAGAGCAGACAGGAAGAAAUGCAGAACAGAUCCUGAGAGAGGGAGAGAAAAUAGGAAGCGAUUGGGGAAAGGUAGGUUUAGCAUGACAGUGCCGUUUUAGUUAAUUCCCUUACGGUUGUAUUUGAGUCGCAUUUUUAGUUGAGGAUGAUUGUUUUGAUGCUAACAAGCUUGUUCUGACAUAGAUGUGCCUCGCCCACAUGCUUUCUGGAUACUGUUAACCCCAUGCUAGCAGGUGUCAUCGAAUGGAGAAAACACUAUAAAUGCCAUCUCUGACAGGAUGUAUCUGCCAACAUGCAACGUUAAAUCCCAGUGUGCACUACUUGGCAGCACACAAUCUUCACAACAAUAAACACAGACAACACUCAUUAUCUUGGGUUUAAACUGUAAACAUGCAAUUUUAUCCACUAAGAAAUAUAUUUAGGAUGAGAUAUAGUUUAAGUAUGCAUUUUAUAUGAAUAGCAAUAGGUGCUUCAUUGUUUGUUAUGUUUGAUGGAGGUUUUCAUUAUAACAUAAUUAAUCUCAAGUACAAAAAAAGAAAAAAAAAAACAUAAUAAACAAAGACAAAGCAUCAUACUUUAUAUCGUACUAACUUCUUAUGAAGGGUGCAAUGUAAAACUAGAACUAGCAAUGUGAUUUUUAUGUUCAAAUGUCAUUUAUAUUUGUUUCAGCAAAUUGUAUUUACGUAUUUGAUCCCUCAGGUCCUCUGCAAUGUGUCACGUGAUGAAACACAGUCACUAUGUGUCAAGGUUUGGCAGUAAACUGGGAUUAAAAUGCAUUGGCAUGGAUGAAAACGGGAUAAUAUUUAAUAGCAACCCAUCUCUAUGGAAAAUUAUCCGUCCAUAUUUUACAAAAGGUACAUAUAUUUUUUUUAAAUGUUAAGCACUUGCUAUAGCAGAUCGAAACAUUGCCUACCUAGCACUUGUUAUGUUUAUAACAAAUGUAUGCAGUUAUUACCUCAAUCCUUGGCAGGGUAGGACUUUCCGAUUAAGCAAUGCAUACAAGUCUCUUAUGUAUUUCUGGCUUACAGCUAAAAGUAGCUAUUUAAGCACAUCUUAAUUUAAAGUGCCACUAAAAUCUUUACAAAAUACUCAUGAUGACUGUGAUGAAAUUUCACUGAAAUUCCAACCCAGUCAAGAGAUAUAUAGAGACAAAGUAGGGACUACUAUGUCUCUCUAUUUCAUCUCCACUUGAAUUUUCUUGACACAAGGCAGAGCGUAAGUGUCCAUCCAUGAAGCCAUCACCAGUGACUGCUGUAGGGAAUUGGCUGGGUCUCGCAGGAACCCCCUAUAGACCUCAAUGCUGUACUCUUACUCAUGCUCGAGAGUACAGCAUUGACGUCAGCACCGAUGAGGACCAUGCUGGACCAAGGUGGCGACUCCCGUGAGGGACAGGUUCAGGUAAGUAAACUCACCUUUAUCUGCCCUACUUGGACACCGGACUACCAGAGGCGAUGUUACCGUCAGGGGUUUAUGAAUGCGAUGCAAGUCUCUAUAGGAACCUCUGCUUAAGAUAUAAAUUAUGUUCUGCUCCCAGGCUGUGCCAUAAGAAGGUGUGGGACAGAAAAAAAUUAUCUGGUAGUGGGAGAAAUUAGUGCUUUUGGUAGAAGGUGUAGGAGGAGAUAGGUCUAGACUCAACACACCUUUCAGCACUCAUAAAUGGGACAUAUAUCAGGCCUUCAACUGGUUCUUGGUCAGAAUUGUGGCAACUGACAUUUAAUGUGGAUAAGUGCAAGAUAAUGCAUCUUGGACGUAAAAACCCAAGGGCAGAGUACAGAAUAUUUGAUAGAGUCCUAACCUCAACAUAUGAGGAAAGGGAUUUAGGGGUGAUUAUUUCUGAUGACUUAAAGGUAGGCAGACAAUGUAAUAGAGCAGCAGGAAAUGCUAGCAGAAUGCUUGGUUGUAUAGGGAGAGGUAUUAGCAGUAGAAAGAGGGAAGUGCUCAUGCCAUUGUACAGAACACUGGUGAGACCUCACUUGGAGUAUUGUACACAGUACUGGAGACCGUAUCUUCAGAAGGAUAUUGAUACCUUAGAGAGGGUUCAGAGAAGGGCUACUAAACUGGUUCAUGGAUUGCGGGAUAAAACUUACCAGGAAAGGUUAAAGGAUCUUAACAUGUAUAGCUUGGAGGAAAGACGAGACAGGGGGGAUAUGAUAGAAACAUUUAAAUAUAUAAAGGGAAUCAACACAGUAAAGGAGGAGACUAUAUUUAAAAGAAGAAAAACUACCACAACAAGAGGACAUAGUCUUAAAUUAGAGGGACAAAGGUUUAAAAAUAAUAUCAGGAAGUAUUACUUUACUGAGAGGGUAGUGGAUGCAUGGAAUAGCCUUCCAGCUGAAGUGGUAGAGGUUAACACAGUAAAGGAGUUUAAGCAUGCAUGGGAUAGGCAUAAGGCUAUCCUAACUAUAAGAUAAGGCUAGGGACUAAUGAAAGUUUUUAGAAAAUUGGGCAGACUAGAUGGGCCGAAUGGUUCUUAUCUGCCGUCACAUUCUAUGUUUCUAUGUUUCUAUGUUUCUUCUCAGUUAUUAGCAGAUCACUGGGAAUACCAACCUUUUUUUUCCACAGAGACACAUCGUUGGUUAUUUAGGGGUCCCAUGCACCACCAACAAUAUAUCUAAUGUUAUUUAGACAUGUGUGUAUUUUACUUUAGAAGUGUAGCAGUAACCAGAGCAUUCUCUGUGUGGGGUGGAAGUUUUCAAGGGGUGCGGAGCUCAGCUAAUGUCGUUUGAGUGCUCUGAAGGUGUGUACAUCACUUUUAGUCAUGAUUUCAGUUUUUACCAUAUUUAUGGAAUUUUAAUGGUUGUCACUGAACUAUCUAAAAUUUAAUUGUUUUGUUUCUUUGGUUUGCUCUACUAUGUAGUUAAUUCCCUCAUGGGUUUUACUAAACAGAAAGGAACAUGAGUGAUUUCUUCCUAAUGAGGAAUUCUAGUUCUCUCACAAGAAUUAAUUAGAACUAAUACACUGUGAGUGAUAUACGCUGUGAGAGGUCAUUGUGAAGCAAGCUCCCAGUGGUGCAAAGAUAUAACACAUACAAACCAGAGGGAGACAUUACAGAUAGCUUGCCCCAGCAUCUGUAGGUUGGCAGCGUUAAUAGUAUUCUCUUCAUUUUUUUUUUGUUUUAAUUGGAAUCCUCGCAAAUCAUACACACUGCUAAUUCCUUAAAUGCUUGAGUCAGAGAACCCCACAAUAAGAGAAAAUUACAUCAACAGCCUGAAAACUCAAGCUGCACUAUUUAAAGAGACCUUUUCAUCCCCGGGUCAUAUGGGCAACAAGUUCAUAUUCAGGUAGGUAUGUGUUAAAUCUAUAUAUUGUGCUGGUGAAAAUUCCAGCAAGUCUAUAGUUUAAAUGAUUAACUUACGUGAAAUUCCUCUUCUUCCUUACACAAUAUCUCUCCUAGAGUAGUUGGAGAGGUUGAACACAGGCCAUUCACCACAGAAUAACAUGACUGGCAUCCUAAAAGUCUUAGUUAUUGCAUGACAUUAUGUCACCUGGAAGAAUAGCAAAGAAGAGUGCCUAGUCACUCGGAACCUCAAAUUUAAUUUUCUUUACAGCUGUGCCAGUGGCAUAACUGUAAAACCCAUUAAGGUCAAACUAUUAAAUUGUUAGCACAAUUCAUUUUUUUUUUAUGUGUCAAAAGGUCAUGACAUGUUCUUGUCGAGAGCAUUUUAUAGUUGUCGUUUUCAAGUCAAUACUUUGCCUUCUUCUAUGUUUCCUACUUAAUGUUAUCAAAUAAUAUAUUUGUAUUAUUAUUAUUAGCAAUUAUAUGGCACCAACAAAUUCCACAGUACCUCACAAUUAUAGAAAUGGGAUAUUUAGAGGUGAAUAGGGCUCUGCUCAAAUGAGCUUACAAUCUAUGAGUGCAUAUGGGAAACAUCAAUUUACCGCUACUUUUUUCAUUUAACCUAGAGUGACACUAUGAGCACCAAAACAACUUUAGCUUAAUGAUUUUGGUGUAUAGACCGUGCCAUCUGAAAUAUCAAUUCUCUGCCAUUUAUGAUUAAAUCACUUUGUUUAUGCAGUCCUAGUCAUGCCUCCCCUGCAAGUGAUCUACAUAGUCUCCCCACCCAUUUCCUGUAAAGAGAGUUCUAAAGUUAAAACAUCCUUUACUGCACAUUUUGUUUAAUUAAAAAAUGUGUGUUGCCUGCUAAAGCAUGCAGGAGCCUCCUGUUUAUGAUUACAGUUCAAUUAACAGAACACCGGAUAAACACUUCUGAAGUAAAACACUGUGCUGUUACAUCUGAUUGAAAAUAAAAAAAUAAAAAUUUCAUGCAGGCUGUGUGACUGACUGCCAGGGGAGGUGUGAUUAGAGCUGCAUAAACAGAAACAAAAGUAAUUUAAUUUCUAAAUCGUAGAGAAUUGAGCAAGGAGACUGCAGGGGCAUGAUCUAUAUACUAAAAUAGCUUAAGUAAGCUAAAGUUCUUUUGGUGUUGAUAGUAUCCCUUUAAGUGCAAUUGUGAAGAUUCAUGCACUCAGUUCCUGAUACGGAAAAAUCCAGUAUAAACAAUAUACAAUGCACAACGUUAUACUAUUAUGGGUAUGUUCCAAUAUUAAAAGAAAAAUGGUGGGGUGGGGGAAUGCAUAAAACUCUUUGCAGAAUACUUAAAAUACCAAUAAGCCAUUUAAAUUAAUUAUGUUAUCCUUUAUCAUAAUAGUGCUUGUGAAGAUCUUUGUUUUACUGGAACAUACACAUACGCCUAUUUAAUUCACAAUACAUAUUUGCUGCGAUAGAAACAUUGUAUGCUAUAAUAAAGGAUAAAUUCACCUAUUCAAAGUGGAUCAACAACCACAUGUUCGCAAGAGCCCAUUUGAGUUCCUUUAAUAAUGUUACUGUGUUUUAAAAGUGUUUACCUAUGCACAUAACUACAAAUAACUAAAUGUAUAGCGGAUUAUGUUAAAUUAUGCCUAUAAUUUAUAAAUCACUGAAUUACACUAUAUAAACAUUUUUCUUUUCAGCAUUAUCUGGACCUGGGCUUAUACAAACCACAGAGCACUGCAUCAGUUCAACCAAUCGUUACCUUGAGAAACUGGGAGAUGUAACGAAUGAAUUGGGAAAUAUAAAUGUACUGAAGCUUAUCAGGCUAAUUAUGUUAGAUACUUCCAAUAAGCUGUUCCUAAGAGUUCCUUUAGAUGGUAAGGCAUCUGUAACAUGUUCUCAAACAAGCGCCGAAAUAUAGCUGAUAUCUGAUUAAUUAUCAUAGAUUGUAAGCUUACUGGCUCCUUUAGUAUCAGUGUAUCUUAUUAUAUAUCCUCCUGGUCCAGGACUAAACUUGAGGGAGUGUGCACUGCUCAGGUGCUCUGUAGAUAGGAGGUGUGUUCGGUGCUAGACGUUCCCUCAGGUAGAUCCCACCCCCUCCUGUUAGUUAGGCCCUGCCCAUCCUAUAGCUGUCGGAACUCGUGAGGACGGAGCCUUAUGAGAAGAGACAGGAUCUACUUGAGGGGCAGAGCCUAGCGUCAAACACCCCACCUAUCUCCUGAGCACCUGGGCAGUCCGCACCCACCCUCCCCCCAGGAAUCGGCCCUGCUCCUGCCUAUAUAAUGUUCUUUUUGCAUAAUUUGUAAAUUUGUAAAGUGCUCUGGAUAAGAGCACUAUAUAUAGCAUUGCCAUAUCCACCAUGUUUUCUAGGACACAUAAUUUCAUCAUGUUGAUUGACAGCACAUGGCAAUGUUACUCUGUAUUACUGAUAAUGUAUAUGCUGCAGAAUUACUGAUUGAUUUAUCACUUGAUUUAUUACCGGCAGCAUGUGACUUCUACAUACUCUAGGGCAACUCUUUCUGUAUGUUGUCAAUCAAUUUGUAAAAAUGACACGUGUCCUGGAAAACAUGCUGGAUAUGGUAUCUCAUACUAUAUAAAAACUCUUAAAGGGGAACUAUCACUUCCCAGAAUAAUUAUUUCUAUUUACUUGUACCUAUAUUUAACAAAUAUGUAUUUGUCAGGUGUGAAAAAUAACAUUAAAUGUAAAAAUCUACAACAUUUUUUUUUUAAAAAUAGAAAAAUGUAAAAUACUAAAAAGAGAAACUAAUACUACUAAAUGUUACCAACUCCCUGUAUAAUAUAUACCUGUUGUUUAUUGUUAUUUUCAGAAAAUGAAAUUGUUCUAAAGAUCCAGAAAUACUUUGAUGCUUGGCAAGCGCUGCUACUGAAACCAGAUAUAUUCUUUAAAAUUUCCUGGCUAUAUAGGAAGUACGAAAAGUCUGCGUAAGUACUCAGAUUAAAAAUGUAAAAUUUAGACCAGAUUAGAAAAACUGGGAAAAUUCUUCAUGUUUUGGUUUGAUUACUGUAUCCUAAAAUAUAUAAUUCAAACUUUAGUGAAUAAACCCUGUUUGUGUGUUGUCCACUGACUUACAAAAUGUAGAACAAUGCAGCAAAUUUAACAAAAAACAACGAAAAAGUUUUUCCAGCUAGGCAAUUUUGGCCUGGAUUUUAGGAGUUGGUUGACAAUUACCCACCGUUUACUAUCGAGACAAUACCAACUCCGAAAUAUUUUACUGAAAAUGAGACAUUUACAUAUAUUUCAAAUAAAGCUAUAAUUUCUUUUCAGGAAUGAUUUAAAAGAUGCUUUAGAAAUUUUAAUUGCCCGGAAACGCCAAGAGCUGUCAACAUUAGAGAAGCUGGAAAAGGAUAUGGAUUUUGCAUCAGAACUGAUUUUUGCCCAGGUGUGCGGUAUUAGAAUUUAAAUUAGGCACAUUCAUUAUAAAUAGUAUAAAAUAUCAUGUGCUGCUUGAAUAUAGUGAUGGCAUGAUGAGUACUGAAUUGGGAGCAUGUAUGUAACAUAUAAAUAUAUAUAUAAAACAUAAGUAUAAAUAUUACGCAAAUCAUUUACUAAACAGUGAGCUGAGGUCAAUUAACAGAGUUGCAAAAUGUACCUAAAAUUCGUUAUUCUGGCAAAACUCCCCACUCCACCUGAGUUGAAUGUCCACCGUCCCCCCUUCCCCCAAUACAGCUGAUUUUUAUUUUAAUUUUUUUUUUGUAUUUUGGUUUAUAAGAUUAACUCAGUAACUCAGCUCACUAUUUACCAAUUAUAUCGCUUUAAUUGUUACACAUUUCACAUAUUCAGAACUUGCUGACUUUAACUAUUAGUUUAUACUUUUUUUUGUUUUAAUUGUGAAUCACAUUUUAUCCAUUUAAGAGUUCUGUAAAAUAAAAAGUUUAUUAUUUAUAGUAACUGCUACAUGUUUGAGUCAGAUAAAAAAAAAUAAUGUGUACAUAUGUUUAAAUCAAGUCCCAAAUAUCAGGUCACAAUCUUCUUCUGUUUAUAAUAUAUGUAAAUAUUUAAGAUGGGCUAAUUUGAUUAACUGUUUUGGAGCAGUUUGACAAAGAAAUGGGGUCUUUUCUGCACUCACCACCUCUGUAGAAGCACUAAUUAUGAUACCAAGUGCAACUUCGUCGAACCUUGGACAACAGUCAUAGGCCAGAGCAGCUCUCUUAGUCUAUCAGUGCUGUGUAAGUUUCGAUGGCUUUGCUGUUUAGAAUGUGUAAGUAGUGCAUUGGUUUUACCAGUAUAACAGCAGAGAGUACGUGCCAUGUAUGUGCCAGGAAGAGUCCGGUUUUGAUGUUAAAAUGUUCUAAUGAACGGUAGUGGUUAUGGUACUUUGAGUAUCCCUCUCAUAACAUACUCUGCAUUGCAAAAAGAAAAAAAAUAAUUUAUAAACUUUUUUUUUUACAGAGCCAUGGGGAGCUUACAGCUGAAAAUGUCAACCAGUGCAUCUUGGAAAUGCUUAUUGCAGCCCCUGACACCAUAUCUGUUUCACUCUACUUCAUGUUAGUUCUCAUUGCACAGCAUCCAAAAAUUGAAGAGGUGAUAAGGAAAGAAAUCCACAGUGUUACAGGUGAGCAAAUAUUAGAGGCUAAACCAUUAUUGAAACAUGGAAAACACCCAUGUUCCUUUUUCUGAUCCACUCAUCUUCUACAAAAGCCAUUACUGGUAGUAUUUCACAAGAAAGUUAAACUAAAAUGCACAUGCAGGGUUAUUUACUUAAGUGACAAUUGUCAGGCAUUCAAAGCCAUGAUGAGUUAACCAAGUCUUUGACAAUAUAUAGAUGUUUGUUGUUUAUCUAGAGCCACUCAGAUGAUAUCGAUUGUUGGAGAUUCUAGUUAUUAAUAUUGACUCAUGGAAAAUAAAUUAUAAAAACUUAUAUGCCAACUUGCAUGCUUAUUAAAUAAAAAGUCACAAUGGCCCCUUCAACACACAUCAACUGUGAGAGUUGCAGGGGGAAAAAAGCAAAAUAUGUAAUUAACAAAACAAAAGAGGCAAAAAAAAGGCAUUUUGUCACACGAGGAGUUCUGUAAAUAUAAGUUUUUUAUCUAUUAAAGAAACAAAGAAGAUUUUAAUGUUAGCAGCACUUUACAUAGUUAAACGAUGAAAUGUGACUUUGCCCGACCUCUAAAGUGCCUUACAGCAGUCAGCACGUGCCAGAUCAAAUCAACUGGAUGGCUUACACAUUAGCAGUGUCCUUGUUUUAAUUUCAUAUUCAAUGACACAAAACAUCACUAAUGUAUACCUCGGGGGUGUUUCAUUUAAAUAAGCAGUGAUCGCAUUAAUAGUGGAAAAAUCUAAACCAUUACAUGACAUUAUAUUACUACAUCCAGUUUGCCAACUAACAUGAACUCCAAACAAAACAAAUAUAUCAUAAUUAAUUAUCAAAUAAAUACCGUAUUUAUCGGCGUAUAACACGCACUUUUUCUCCCUGAAAAUAGGGGAGAAAUUGUGGGUGCGUGUUAUACGCCGGCCCUUUAAAUACUGCAGCCGUCUGAGCGCUCUAUCAAGAGCGCUCAGGCGGCUGCAGUUGGUACUCACCUCCCCUGUAGCGUGGCCGAGCCGCUCUGCUGUCCGCGGUGGCCGGCCGGAGUGAUAGGAAGGUGCACGCGCGGAACAGGAGUUUCUGUUUCCUGUACCCGGUCGGACUGACAGGAAGGUGCACACUGAGCGUGCACCUUCCUAUCACUGUGGCUCGUCCACGCUACAGGGGAAGGGGGUGAAUAGAGGGGAGGGGGUAAGAAGAGGGGAGGGGGGAGUAAGAGGGGAGGGGGGGAGAAGAGAGGGGGGAGUGGGGAAUAAGAGAGGGGGGGGAGUGGGGAAUAAGAGUAGGGGGAGGUGAAGGGGGAGGAGGCAAGAAGAGGGGGGGUAAGAAGAGGGAGGGGGUAAAGAAGAGGGGGAGUAAAGAAAGGGGGGGAGGGGGGUAAGAAGAGGGUGGGAGAAGAAGAGGGGGGGAGGGGGAGCAAGAAAGGGGUAAGAGGGGAGGGGAAGUAAGGAAGAGGGGUGGGGGAGUAAGAAAGGGGGGUAAGAAGAGGGGGAGGGGGAGUAAGAAGGGGUAAGAGGGGGAAGGGGAAGUAAGAAGAGAGGGGAGUAAGAAAGGGGGGUAAGAAGUUCUUUAUUUGAAAUGACCACUCUAGGCACCCAGACCACUUCAGCUUUAUGAAGUGGUCUGGGUGCCAGGUCCCUCUAGGAUUAACCCUUUUUUUUAAUAAACAUAGCAGUUUCAGAGAAACUGUUAUGUUUAUACUGAGGGUUAAUCCAGCCUCCAGAGCCUCUAGUGGCUGUCUCAUUGACAGCCGCUAGAGGCGCUUGCGUGCUUCUCACUGUGAAAAUCACAGUGAGAGCACGCAAGCGUCCAUAGGAAAGCAUUGUAAAUGCUUUCCUAUGCGACAGGCUGAAUGCGCGCGCGGCUCCUGCCGCGCGUGCGCAUUCAGCCGAUGACAUCGCGAGCAAGGAGGAGAGGAGGAGUACAGCUCCCCGCCCGGCGCUGGAGAAAGGUAAGUGUUUAACCCCUUCCUCUCUCCAGAGCCCGGCGGGAGGGGGUCCCUGAGGGUGGGGGCACCCUCAGGGCACUAUAGUGCCAGGAAAACGAGUAUGUUUUCCUGGCACUAUAGUGGUUCUUUAAGUUUUUUUUCCCUGAAAUUUCCCUCUUAAAAUGAGGUGCGUGUUAUAAAUACGGUAAUAGGGAAGAUCUCCUUUGGUGUAAGAUACUGAUUAUGAACAGGCCACUAAGCUACUGUGUUUAACAAGGAAGGGACCAGUGGAUUGCAUUUAUCCCCCUAGGUCAUGUUAAAUUGGGCUUUUGCAAGAAAUUUUAAAAUGUUCCGUGUCAUUAUAGAAGCAAAUUAUUUAAAGAAUUGUUUCUUUUCUGUUAUGUCAUCGAUUAGGUGACAGAGAGGUGCAAAGUAGUGAUAUGCAAAACCUGAAGGUUCUCGAAAACUUCAUCUAUGAAAGCAUGAGGUACCAGCCUGUGGUUGACCUGGUUAUGCGCAAAGCCUUGGAAGAUGAUGUCAUUGAUGGUUAUUACGUAAAGAAAGGCACUAACAUAAUUUUAAACUUGGGACGCAUGCACCGUGUUGAAUAUUUUCCGAAACCAAAUGAAUUCUCCUUGGAAAAUUUUCAGAAGACGGUACGUUCAGCUAUAGAUACAGAUGAGUGAAAGGAGUUUUAUUCCACGCAACAAGAAUUGCCUUCUUCAUGUGUGGAAUAAAACUGCUGUCACUCAGCCAUUUGAGGGUCUUGUCCACUGUGGCCUUGUGAAGCUAAAGGUGUACCUCAGACUGUUUGACUUCAAGGAAGUCAUAUUGUAUUAGUGCCAUUCAUUCUGUUUUCUAAAUUAUCUACAGCAGGGGUAGGCAACCAUCAGCUCCCCAGAUGUCAUGGACUACAUCUCCCUUGAUGCUUUGCCAGUAUUAUGGCUGCAAGAGCAUUAUAGGAGAAGUACUCAAGAACAUCUGGAGUGCUGAAGGUUUCCUACCUAUGAUCAGCAGUAUGGGUAGGCAAAAUCUCAGAUACCUAUAGAAACGGCAAAUAGCUGGUGCCUGCUUUGCAAUGUUGCAUUUUAAAAUUUUUAAGUAGGAUUAGGAUGAUGUUUAAUCUUCAAUAUUAAAAUAAUCACUGUCAAGUUCAUGGUAAUCUUGGAGACUUUAAUUUAAAAGUAAAAUAUUAACUUUCUGUCAACGAGAAGCCUAAUCACUGUAUAUUCAGUGGUGGUCUGAACCAGCGUACUACGUAUAGUGUGCUCUGUGCUUUAAUUCAGUCUGCAGUAUUAUACAGAUCCAUCCAAUUCUUUCCACUGUUUUAUUUUAAUCAUGUUACACUAGGUAAUGAGGAUACAAAACAGCUGGCCUUUGUCUUUACUAUAUGUCAAAUAGAAUAUGUAGCAUUUGAUUUUUAUUUUAUAUGCUCUUAUAUAGCUCUUAAUGCAAUUGUAUAAAGAAAAAAAAAUUCUGAACAAAUAAGUAAUAUUGAAAUACUUUUUUUAUAAACUUUUAAUCAUCACACCACAGCCCUCUGGGUACUAAUGGUACUAAUGGUACUACUAGUUGUUGGUCCACAUAUGGAACCAGGGAUGACUACACAGAAUAUUUUGAAAUGCUAUCUAAAAGAAACACUCCAAGCACCAUAACCACUACAAUAUGCCUUAGUGGUUAUGGUGCCAGGAGUGACCUUACAUCCUCCUAGGAUAAAUAGUCAAACCUAAUGGAUUGACAACUUGCCUGGGUCUGCCAAGUGCCAGUCACCUCCUUCAUUGAGAAAUAUUUACACAGGAGGGCUCACUAAAAAUAUCUCAACAACACAGAGUCCAAAUAAUUUAUACUUUUUAGGUGCUCAAGCCCAACUCUGUUCUCCACAGGUUCAUAGUACACCAUACAAAAAUAAGAAUAGAGGGGGUAAUUCUCAGUCCUGGGAUGUGGCAACAUAAUUAAUCUGUCAAAUUUUAAUGUGUAAAAACCAAAAUGGUAAUGUCUUCUAUUUGACCCUGUUGUUUUCUAAAAUACCAUAAACCCUGUACAUGAGUACCAUAAAACCUGUACAUGGGGGUAUUAUUGUACACAUGAGACAUCGCUGAAAACAAAUAUGAGUGUGUUAGAGCAGUAAAACGUAUAAUGCUAAUGAUAGUCUGACAGUCCAGCUGUAACAGUGCAUAAUUCUUGAUGCAAUCCUGCAGCAGACCACCACCAAUUAUCUCCUAUGCAACGUCUAUCCCAGCAUAGUGUUUGAAGCAGAUUAUUCUUUGCCUCCAUUCCACCGACAUUCUGGAGUCAAUCUGAGUGCUAGAUCAUCCUACGCCCAUUUGUGUCAUUUUUGUGACCUGAACUAUGCACCAUUUGGCACUGACACAGACCAAUGUAUACGUAUCAUAUCUGGGAAAUCUAACUUUAAAUUUCCCAGAUCUGGAACAUUUCUUCUACUGUUUAUUUCUCAUAAAUUUAUGGGUUAUGUGUAUCUUGGGUUUCAGCUGAUAAGGAGUUAUAUCUUUCAUGUUUUUUUUUUUCUUUUUGUCUAUAGAGAAAUAUAUCAGAAAACAAGCAGAUUAGUAAAACAUGAGGUAUAAAGGGAAAAAAGGCAUACAUACAUACAUACAUACAUACAUACUACAAUAUUGCACUCCACUAAUGUAAAUAAUGCAAAGGAGUUAUCACAAAUAAUCAUUAUCUUUAUUAAAUGUCCAUAUUAAUAUUCAGUUUUCGGUAGUGCAGAGGACACCACACUCCCUUGGUCCCCAAGAGACAAAUGGACCAGAGGUACGCCGAACCCCACUUAACAGUUUAGAAAGUGUACAUUGGUCCAGGCACUUAAACUGUAAUAAAAAAAAGCAGGUUUAUGGGAGCAUUAUACAAGCAACAUUUUGACCUUCACAGGAUUUUUUUCAAGCUCAGUUGAGCUUAAGUUCCUGUGAGGGUUGAAACGUUGCUUGUAUACUGCUCCAAUAAACCUGUUUUUUUAUUUCAGUUUAAGUGCCUGGACCAAUGUCUACUUUCUAAACAUGUUAAUAUUCAGACAAACAAUGUGUAUUGUGUCAGGUAAGUAGAGAAAAAAGUAAGUGAGAAAAGUGCAUAAGGGGGAUUAAUAGAGAGAGACAUACCACGCACCAGAACAACUGAACACGUUUUGUGUCUUCAAAGGACGAUAUAGCUGAGGUUUUAUAGAACCUACUAAUGAGAGCUUCUCAUCUAACUUCACUUUUUUUAUUGUUUACAUAUUCCACAGCCCUUUAUAGUUAUACAGUGUGGAUGUACACUGAACAAAAUCAUAAACACAACACUUUUGUUUUUGCCCCCAUUUUUCAUGAGCUGAACGUAAAGAUCUAAAAAAUUUUCUAUUUACACAAAAUGUCUAUUUCUCUCAAAUAGCGUUCACAAAUCUAUCCAAAUCUGUGUUAGUGAUAACUUCUCCUUUGCCGAGAUAAUCCACCCACCUCACAGGUGUGGCAUAUCAAGAUGCUAAUUAGAGAGUAUGAUCAUUGCCUAGGUGUUCCUUAGGCUGGCCACAAAAAAGGCCACUCUAAACUGUAUUUGGAAGAGUCUGGGGGAGGUCCAAAAACCAGUCAGUAUUUGGUGUGACUACCAUUUGUCUCAUGCAGUGCAACACAUCUUCUUCACAUAGAGUUGAUCAGGUUGUUGAUUGUGGCCUGUGGAAUGUUGGUCUACUCCUCUUCAAUGGCUUUGCAAAGUUGCUGGAUAUUUGCAGGACCUGGAACACGCUGUCGUAUACGCCGAUCCAGAGCAUCCCAAAUAUACUCAAUGGGUGACAUGUCCAGUGAGUAUGCUGGCCAUGCAAGAACUGGGAUGGUUUGAGCUUCCAGGAAUUGUGUACAGAUCUUUGCAACAUGAGGAGUGCAUUAUCAUGCUACAACAUGAGGUGACCGUCGUGGAUAAAUGGCACAACAAUGGGCCUCAGGAUCUCAUUACGGUAUCUCUGUGCAUUCAAAAUGCCAUCAAUAAAAUGCACCUGUGUUCAUUGUCCAUAACAUACGCCGGCCCAAACCAUAACCCCACCGCUACCAUGGGCCACUCGAUCCACAACGUUGACAUCAGCAAACCACUCACCCACACAAUGCCAUACACACUGUCGGCCAUCUACCCUGUACAGUGAAAACCGUGAUUUAUCCAUGAAGAGAACACCUCUCCAAAGCACCAGACGCCAUUGAAUGUGAGUAUUUGCCCACUCAAGUCGACGACGAACUGCAGUCAGGUUGAGACCCCGAUGAGGAUGACGAGCAUGCAUAUGAACUUCCCUGAGACGAUUUCUGACAAUUUGUGCAGAAAUUCUUUGGUUAUGCAAAUCGAUUGUUGCAGCAGCUGUCUGGGAAACUGGUCUCAGACGAUCUUGGAGGUAAAGAUGCUGGAUGUGGAGGUCCUCGGCUGGUGUGGUUACACGUGGUCUGCGGUUGUGAGGCCGGUUGGAUGUAGUUACAAAUUCAUUAAUUUCAUGAAUGAAUGAACAUUUAGUUCACAGGCAACAGCUCUGGUGGACAUUCCUGCAGUCAGCAUGCCAAUUGCAAGCUCCCUCAAAACUUGCGACAUCUGUGGCAUUGUGCUGUGUGAUAAAACUGCACAUUUUAGAGUGGCCUUUUAUUGUGGCCAGCCUAAGGCACACCUGUGCAAUAAUCAUGCUGUCUAAUCAGCAUCUAGAUAUGCCACACCUGUGAGGUGGAUGGAUUAUCUCAGCAAAGGAGAAGUGCUCACUAACACAGAUUUAGACAGAUUUGUGAACAAUAUUUGAGAGAAAUAGGCCUUUUGUGAAAAAGCCUUAGAUCUUUGAGUUCCGCUCAUGAAAAAUGGGGGCAAAAACAAAAAUGUUGCGUUUAAAAAAUUUGUUCAGUGUAUAAUGGCAAAUAACAUACAGACAAAAUAAUUUAAAAAAAUUUCAGUUAGAUAUUUUAAUACUUUUUUUUUUUUUUAAAUUGAUGAUUCAAUUAUGGAUAUUUUAUGUAAUUAGACAUAUUCCAUACACCUUUCAUUUUUCAUAAGAGAUUAUCUUUCUCCCCUAAUUGCUGUAGGUUCCUUAUCGUUACUUCCAGCCAUUUGGAUUUGGUCCGCGAGCAUGCGCAGGGAAAUACAUAGCAAUGGUGAUGAUGAAAGCAAUUCUUGUGACUCUCCUGAAGAGAUACAGGGUACAGACAUUAAACGGAAGAUGUCUGGAGAACAUUCAGAACACCAAUGAUCUCUCCAUGCAUCCUGAUGAAAAACAGGACUCGUUAGAGAUGAUUUUCAUUCCUCAGAAUACCACUAAUUUCAAGCACCAGCAGGCAACAUCAUCAUCUGGAAAAUUCUGAAAUGUAAUUAGCAUUGAGUAAGUGACAGUGUUGAUCUGUGUUAAAUCUUGAUUUAACAGCUCCUGCUUACAUUACGGAAGUAAUUUUCUGUGCUCGACAAAUGUUAGACUGAG